GCAGGGGGCGGGGGUGAGCCCCGACGGCCAGCCCUUCAGCUCUCGGCUCAGACGGGCGGGAGCCACGGCCCCGCUCGCUGCCCAUUGUCUGCGCCCCUGACCGGUGCGCCCUGGUGCCACAGUGCGGCCCGGCGGGGCAGCCUCCUAUCGUCACUCCAGCCAGAGCCGCAACUAUAAGAGGCGGUGCCGCUCGCCGUGGCUGCCUCAGCCCACCAGCUGGGACCGCGAGCCAUGCAGCCCGUCGCCCGCCCCCAGGGCUGUUAGAGCCAGACUGCGAACUCUCGCCACUGCCGCCACCGCCGCGUCCUGUCCCACCGCCACGGGCAGCAGCCAAAGCCGCCCCAACUGCAGCACAGAGCGGGCAAGGCCGGGCAGGCCAUGGGGCACUGGGCGCUGCUGCCUGGCUGGGUUUCUGCUACGCUGUUGCUGGCGCUGGCCGCUCUGCCUGCAGCCCUGGCCGCCAACAGCAGUGGCCGAUGGUGGGGCAUCGUGAACGUAGCCUCCUCAACGAACCUACUAACCGAUUCCAAGAGUCUGCAACUGGUACUCGAGCCCAGCCUGCAGCUGCUGAGCCGCAAACAGCGGCGGCUGAUCCGCCAGAACCCGGGGAUCCUGCACAGUGUGAGCGGUGGGCUGCAGAGCGCUGUGCGAGAGUGCAAGUGGCAGUUCCGGAACCGCCGCUGGAAUUGUCCCACGGCUUCAGGGCCCCACCUCUUCGGCAAGAUCGUCAACCGAGGCUGUCGGGAAACAGCAUUUAUCUUCGCCAUCACCUCGGCCGGGGUCACCCAUUCGGUGGCGCGCUCCUGCUCCGAGGGCUCCAUCGAGUCCUGCACAUGCGACUAUAGGCGGCGCGGCCCUGGGGGCCCCGACUGGCACUGGGGGGGCUGCAGUGACAACAUCGACUUCGGCCGCCUCUUUGGCCGGGAGUUUGUGGAUUCCGGGGAGAAGGGGCGGGACCUGCGCUUCCUCAUGAACCUUCACAACAACGAGGCAGGCCGCACGACCGUGUUCUCCGAGAUGCGCCAGGAGUGCAAGUGCCACGGUAUGUCCGGUUCGUGCACUGUGCGCACGUGCUGGAUGCGGCUGCCCACGCUGCGCGCCGUCGGCGACGUGCUGCGCGACCGCUUCGACGGUGCCUCGCGCGUCCUCUACGGCAACCGCGGCAGCAACCGCGCCUCGCGAGCGGAACUGCUGCGCCUUGAGCCCGAGGACCCAGCGCACAAGCCUCCCUCCCCCCACGACCUUGUCUACUUCGAGAAAUCGCCCAACUUCUGCACAUACAGCGGGCGCCUGGGUACAGCGGGCACGGCGGGGCGCGCCUGCAACAGCUCGUCGCCCGCGCUGGACGGCUGCGAGCUGCUCUGCUGUGGCCGGGGCCACCGCACGCGCACGCAGCGCGUCACCGAGCGCUGCAACUGCACCUUCCACUGGUGCUGCCACGUCAGCUGCCGCAACUGCACGCACACGCGCGUACUGCACGAGUGCCUGUGAGGCGCUGCGCGGACUCGCCUUAGGAGCAUUCUCCUCAAGCCCACCCCCAAACAGGUUCGCUGGCACAUAAGACCUGGAUCCGCACCCACCCAGUCGCUCCAGCCACACUCCGCGAUUCCUAUGUAUCCGAUCAUUUCUCUCCCACCUCCUCCUACCUGGGGACUCCUGAAACCACUUGCCUGGGGCGGCAUGAACCCUCUAGCCAUCCUGAUUGACCUGCCCCCGGACCUACCUCCCUCCCUCUCCGCGGGAGACCCCUUGUUGCACUGCCCCCCCCUACUUGGCCAGGAGGUGAGAGAAGGAUUCGUCCCCUCCCCCAUCAGAGUCAGCUCCUGACGUGUGGCUCUGCCUCCUCCAACGCGCCUCCUCCCUGCCUCUCCUCUCCUUUACCGCCUGUUUUCUCCUGGUCCCCACAUGCCCGUCCAUUCUCCUGCCAAGGGUGCAGACCCUAAACACACACCUGGGCAUCAGGGCCUUUCUCCUCCCCACCUACAGCUGAAUGGGGAGGUGCCAGGGCGAAAGAGCAGCUGUGGUGAUGUGGAAAAUGAGGUUGGGGGACCCAGCAGAAACAUCCCCAUUCUCCCAGCCUCUGUCGUGGAGCCACUGAACAGCUGCGAGCCUUGCCUCCCUCAGCCACCUCCUACCCCUUCCUGUCCUGCCUCCUCAUCAGUGUGUAAAUAAUUUGCACUGAAACGUGGAUACAAAGCCACGAGUUUGGUUGUUGUAAAUAAAACUAUUUAUUGUGCUGGGUUCCAGCCUGGUUUGCAGAGACCACUCCCGCCCCAACCCAGUCCCUCUCCAUUCUUCUCUCCUUUCGCCUCCAGCCUUUUCUGACCCCUCCCAAUUUCUCCCCAAUUUCUCCAAGAUGCCUUUGCCUACCGGAAUCAGUAUUUCCUUCCACUGUAGCUAUUAGUGGCUUCUCGCCCCCACCAAUAUAGUAUCUUCCUCUGCAGAAUAAAAUCUCUAUUUUUAUCAGUGACUUGGUGGC